AUGGGUGAUAGCCGAGGCGUGGCUCCUAUGCAGUUGGAGGGAAAUGUGGCCGACAAUUGGAAAAUAUGGAGGUCUAGAUUCGAAAACUAUCUGGUAGCCAGCGAAAUUAAUAAAAAAGAUGAAUCUAUACAGUGUGCCCAGGUUUUACAUUAUAUAGGAGAAGGAUCUGUAGAAGUAAAUGAAAUUAAUAAUAAUAGAUGGUUCUCUGUACUGGAAAUAAACAAAAAAGAAAUUAAAUUAAAGAUUGACACAGGAGCACAGGCAAACAUAUUACCGUUAAAACUAUACAACAGUUUGGGUAUAAAAAGUAAUUUAAGACAAACACAGGUAACAUUAACUUCAUAUACAGGUAAUAAUUUGAAAAUUGUUGGUAAAUGCUACAUUCCUUGUAAAAAGGAUGAUAAAACCUUUAAUUUAGAGUUUUAUAUAGUUGAUUCAAAUACUCAAGCUAUUUUAGGGUUAGAUUCUAGUCUGGAACUAAAUUUAAUUAAAAGAAUAGAUUCUCUAACAAAAAAUUGUCAGUAUAAUUCCUUAAUAAAUGAAUUUAGCGAGCUAUUUGAGGGUAUAGGUUGCAUAAAUGAGCCUUACCAUAUUGAAAUUGACAAAAAUGCCAAACCGGUGGUGCAUCCAACAAGAAAAGUGGCAUUACCUUUAAUGGAUGAUCUGAAACAAAGUUUAGCGGAACUUGAAAAAUCAAAAAUAAUUGAAAGAGUUCAGAAACCUACUGACUGGGUCAAUGCUCUCGUUCUUGUGAGAAAGCCAGAUAAAAAAUUAAGGAUUUGUCUUGAUCCAUUAGAUCUAAAUAAAGUAAUCAAAAGGGAAUACUGUCACAUACCUACCUUAGAGGAAAUUACAAGUAAAUUAGCAGGUUCUACAAUUUUCAGCACGCUUGAUGCAACUCAGGGUUUUUAUAGUAUACUACUAGAUGACGCUAGUGCUGAUCUUUGUACAUUUGGCACUCCUUUCGGGAGGUAUAGGUUCCUUAGACUACCUUAUGGCAUAAAAUCUGCACCAGAAGUUUUUCAGUCCAGAUUUAAACAAAUAUUUAAUUUAGAAGGUGUUGAUGUAUACAUUGAUGAUAUUCUUAUCUGGGGUAAAACUAAAUCGGAACAUGAUGAACGCUUGAAAAAGGUACUACAAAUUGCUAAAGAAACUAAUGUUCGAUUUAAUUUACAUAAAUGUAGGUUUGGUGUGAAUGAAAUUAAUUAUAUGGGUCAUGUUAUAUCGGGUGCAGGUAUCAGUCCUGAAAAUUCAAAGAUAAAUGCAAUUACACAAAUACCUAAACCACAAAAUAAACAGGAACUACAAAGACUGUUAGGUAUGAUCACUUAUGUAAGUAAAUUCAUUAACAAUUUUUCAAGUGCUACUUCAGUUUUGCGUAACUUACUUAAAAAAGAUGUUGAAUUUCUAUGGCAACCGGAGCAUGAUAAAGCUUUUGAGAAUUUAAAAAAUACUUUAAUAAAUAAACCAGUUCUUCAAUUUUACGAUGUCAAUUGCGAAACAGUAUUGUCAGUAGAUGCGUCAAAAGAUGGUCUCGGUGCAGUGUUAAUGCAAAACCAUCUUCCUUGUGCGUAUGCUUCUAGGUCAAUGACUGAAACUCAGACACGGUACGCUCAAAUUGAAAAAGAGCUUUUAGCUAUAACAUUCGGGUUAAAUAGAUUUUAUCAGUAUAUUUUUGGGAAAACUAUAACUGUAGAAACUGAUCACUUACCAUUGCUUUCAAUUUUUAAGAAACCUUUAAAUAAAUGUCCUGCUAGACUACAAAGAAUGCUUUUGCAAGUACAAAAGUUUGAUAUUAAAUUAAAAUAUAAGCCAGGGAAGGAUCUUUUAAUUGCUGAUGCCUUGUCUAGAGCGUGUGUAGGUGAAAUGUGUGAUGAUGAAAUUGAUGACGAAAUUAAUGCACAAGUAUGUCUUAUAGAAUCACAAAUUAAUGUCACGGAUAGAAAAUUAAAUGAAAUUAUUGAAAAAACAAAAACUGAUAAAGAAUUACAAGUGCUAAAACAAGUUAUUUUAGAAGGGUGGCCAAAUAAUUUUAAAAAAGUACCAAAUAGUGUGAAAAUUUACAGAAAAUUUCAGAGUGAUUUGUCUGUACAGGGUGAUCUUAUUUUUAAAGGACAAUCACUAGUUAUUCCUCAGUCUAUGAGAAAAGAAAUGCUUGAAAGGGUUCAUUAUAAUCAUAUGGGAAUUAAUAAAUGUAUUAAAUUGGCACAAGAAUCUAUAUUUUGGCCAACUAUGUGUAAUGAAAUUAGACAAACAAUUUCUCAAUGUCAUCUUUGUUUAAAGUAUGCCAGGUCUCAAAUGUCAGAACCAUUAAUUAAUCAUAAAAUUCCGGAAAUUCCGUGGAAUAAAGUAGGAUGCGAUAUAUUUGAACUGCAUGGACAAAAGUAUUUACUUAUUAUUGAUUAUUAUUCAAAAUACAUUGAAGUAGAAAAAUUAGAAAAUUGCUCUACUAGCUAUACUACGGUUAAAAUAUUAAAAUCUGUCUUUGCCAGGCAUGGUAUUCCUCUAACGGUUGUGACAGAUGGAGGACCACAAUUUUCUUCAGAUUUGUUUCAGGCUUUUUCUCAGGAAUGGGAAUUUGAUCAUGUCAUUAGUUCUCCGAGAUAUGCUCAAUCGAAUGCUCUUCUUUUAUAUCGUAAUAUGCAAAUUCAUGGAGCUUAUUCUCCAGCUCAAAUUCUAAUGUCCAGAAAACUCAGAUGUAUUAUUCCCAGUACAGAGGCAAGCCUUAAACCUAAGUUAAUUGAUACAAAUAAAUACAAUACAUCUUUACAAGAUACUCAGGUUAACCAACAAAAGUAUUAUAAUAAAAAAGGUGUCUUUAAUUUAAAACCUCUUGAAGUUGGUUCACAUGUGUAUGUACAGGUUCAACCUAAUUCUAGUUGGUCUCCAGCUUUAGUUUUAGAAAAAGUUAGGAAUAGAAUGUAUAGAGUUCAACUUACUAAUGGUUCAGUCUUGUUAAGAAAUCGGAGGUUUAUUAAGCCUGUAGAUAAAGGAAAAUCUGUAAUACCUGUUAGACCUACUACAUCUAUAAAACCAUUUGUACAAAAUAAUAUUCAAUACUUUAUAGAGUUAGAACCAGAUUGUGACUUAAAUAAUAGGGGUGAAGGUAGUAAUUAUAAUGUUCAGGAGGAGACUAAUGUAAAUACAACGGAAAGUGAGGAUGAUAAGAGUGUAGAGACACGAAAUGAGAUGUCGGGAGAUAGAAGUGAUGUUAUGAGUGAAAACGAACUAGAUCUUGAUAAUUCUGAUAGUAAUAGUUCUGUAUCAGAUACAAACUCAGACUAUGAGCUUAAAUAUUUAAAUCCAGAAAAAACGAGAUCAGGUCGUUUAGUAAAGAAACCUCAUAAACUGAAUUUGUAG